AUGGAUGAACAAAUAAUCAAAGAUGUCAUGUCCAGCUAUCAAAUUGAGCCAGAUAACGAUAGUGAUGAGCUUGAUGACUAUUUUGGACCUGUACCAUCAAUAUCCAAUGAUCGUGCUGCAUCGAGGAUUCUUGAAAAAUUUUAUUACACAAAAUAUGAAGGAACAGAGUAUGAAAGGAAGGCGUUGUUUUUAAUAAACUUCGACUAA